AUGGGCAAGGCUGAACAGAAGAAGAAGGAAAAGAUUGUCGAGGACAAGACCUUCGGCCUCAAGAACAAGAACCGCAGCGCCAAGGUGCAGGCCUAUGUCCAGCAGGUGAAGCAGAGCGUCGAUCAGCGCAACCCGCAGGAUCGCAAGUCGCAGGCGGAGCUCACGGCGCGCCGCACCGCCAAGGAGGAGAAGCGCGCGCGUGAGGCGGAGCUGGCGAAGCUCUUCAACGAUGUUGACCAGCAGCAACGCAAGAAGCGCGACGCCGAGGCGGCGGAGACCGCUGAGGGGGACGACCAGUACAUGUGCCACCCGGAGGAGUACCUGUUCCGCCCCGAGGACUUCGACGAGGUGGAACAAGAUGAUCAAAGACUGGAAGAGAAGUUAGAGGCGGAGCGUGAGAAACUGAAGGAUCGCACCGACCUGACCCCCGUCACGGAGGCGUCCUUCCAGGCAUGGAAGCAGCGCAAGCGCGAGGAGGCAGCCGAGAAGGAGGCAGCGCGUGUGCGUCGUGCCAAGAGCGGCGACGGCAAGCUGCGUGGCUGGGACCUCUGGCAGAUGGACCAGGAACUGUUCGUGGAUGACGAGAACGCCGACGAGUUCUAUGAACGGGAGGAGCUGGAAGGCUUGGACGCAGGCGAGGAUGAGGCGGCCUUUGACCUGUCCUGA